CGAAUCACAAGUCAAAGGGGUCAGCAGCGACAGCCAAAAAUGUCGUUCCGGCCCAAUCUUCGUCAUUCGCAUACCGUUGAUGUCACCUUCAACAACCCCAACAGCGCAAUCGCCCGCCAGUCCUCAACUACUUCAUCAGCCUCUUCAGGUUACUCCAACGCAUCCGACAACAGCACCAGCACCUCGUAUACUUCAGCCUCGAGCGGGUACGGGUCUUACGGUCAUAAGCGCGGACGGAGCGAUGUGCUCGCACGCGCCCGCACCUUCGAAGUCGGAGAGAUGAACUCCAAAAAGCCCGAACCGGCCAAUAUAUACAGCUCUGCUCGCCAGUCGCUCCGUCCCCUGCCCCAAGCGCCCGCGGCGGCUCCAGCAUCGAUACCAUCAGCCCCGAGCACGCCACCGCAUAAGCAGCAGCGCCAUGAUCGUGGAAAAAGCGUCGAUUUUGGCAAGCUGGCCAUGUCACACAGUGAUGGGCCUUCGUCGCCAAAUUCGCCCUCUCGACACGGCAAUGUGCGACCAAAUUCUAUGCUGCUAUCCCGCUCCGACUCAAUGAGCAUAAGGGCCGGUGCUGGGACCCAACCGAGCCACCAUCAUAGCUCGAGCACUACACAUAUCGGCCGUCCAGACCUGGAAAAACUGGGCCGUUCAACUACGAGCCAACUGAGAACACUCUCCCGCCUUACCGAGUCUGAAGCCGUUGAUGGCUUCAACGUUACUUCGCCGGCGCAAGAGGUCGUCGGUCUCCGCGGCCGACGACGUUUGCAGCGGUCAGACAAGUCUAAUGGUGGCCGUGGCCCAAAGCAAGGCAAUUAUGGCUGGGAAAGCAGCAAGUGGAUAGACAAGCAACGCCAGUUUCUUCAAGCCUACGAAUACCUUUGCCAUAUUGGCGAGGCCAAAGAAUGGAUCGAGGACGUCACACACAAGACACUUCCGCCUAUUGUUGAACUCGAAGAGGCUCUACGAGACGGCGUCACCCUCGCACAGGUGGUUGAAGCCCUCAAUCCCAAUAAACAUUUCAGGAUAUUCCAUCAUCCGCGCCUCCAGUACCGACACUCUGACAACAUUGCGAUUUUCUUUCGAUACCUAGAUGAAGUAGAGCUACCCGACCUCUUCCGGUUCGAGCUCAUCGAUCUUUAUGAGAAAAAGAAUAUCCCAAAAGUAAUUUAUUGUAUCCAUGCACUGAGUUGGUUGUUAUUCCGACUCGGUAUCGUCGAUUUUCGCAUAGGAAAUCUGGUUGGACAGCUAGAAUUCGAACAUCAUGAGCUGGAGGAAAUGCAGAAAGGCCUUGAUAAGUUGGGCAUUAACAUGCCGACCUUCGGCGAUAUGGGUGCAGAUUUUGGCGUGCCAGAGCCAGAACCUGAGCCGCAAGAGACGGAAGAGGAACGAAUUGACCGAGAGCUGGCCGAAAACGAGGCAUCUAUAGCUGAUUUCCAGGCGCAAGUCCGAGGAGCAAUGACACGACUGAAACUCGGCGAGACUAUGCAGAAGCUCUGGGACCAGGAAGAGUUUCUGAUUGACCUCCAAUCGCGCAUUCGAGGUGACUUUACUCGCCAGAUCAUGGGUUACCGACUUCAGAUGAGGCGAUUUGCCACCCAACUGCAGAGUGCUUCCCGCGGAUUUUUGUUGAGACGGAGGCUGGAGAAUUCUGAUAGAUUCUGGAAGGCUGUCGAGCCAGCUAUCCUGGAGCUCCAAAGCAUGAUCAGGGCGAAGAAAGCUCGCCACGAGGCACGGGAGGCACGAUCUACUCUGGCCACCUGCGGAGGGCCAAUCAGAGAGAUCCAGGCAGUCUCCAGGGGGUUCUUGUUCCGCAAAAAGCUCGUCGCUCAACGUCAAGAAACGAAGAAGAGCUCUGGCGAGGUACAGAGACUCCAGGCAGCUGCUAGGGGGUUCUUGUGCCGCAAAAACCUCGUUGCUCAACAUCAAGAAGUCAAGAAGAGCUCUGGUGAGGUACAAAGACUCCAGGCAGCUGUUAGGGGGUUCUUGUUCCGCAAAACCCUCGUCGCUCAACAUAAAGAAACCAAGAAGAGCUCUGGCGCGGUGAAAAGACUGCAGGCAGCCGUAAGGGGAAUGCUUGUCCGAGAAAGCCUCAACCAGGAUCGUCAACUGCUGCAUGCUGAAUCGCCGUCGAUUGUUAGCUUCCAAGCUGCACUCCGGGCACAGCAACUGAGACAACGAAUUGAGAUCCAAAACGAGCAUCUUCAGGCUGCAGCCCCUAUGUUCACUAAGAUUCAGGCGUUUGCACGCGGCCUUGCGUCUCGGGCUGAGACCAAGGCUUUGCGUCAAGAGUUGAAGAAGCACCGAGCCGAGGUCACCCAACUCCAGGCCAUCGUUAGAGCGGGAGUUGUACGGAAAAACGUAAAAGCAGAUCUUGAUGCUUUGGAGGAGAACUCGGAAGAAAUUGUUUCGCUUCAGUCUAUGAUCCGGGGUCUGUUCGUUCGGGAGCAGAUUCUUGCAGACAGAACUGAGCUCGAUAGCCACGUCUCCAAGACGGUCGGCUUACAAGCCGGUAUCCGUGGCUUCUUGUACAGACGUCAGCAUUCCGCUUUGCUUGAGGAACUGGAUUCUCACUAUGAUAAGAUCGCAGCAUUCCAGGCCAUCCUGAGAGGAAUCAUGGAACGGGGAAGAGUUGGUGAUUUGAUUGCAGAGUUAGAGGAAGAGGAGGGAUCAAUCGUUGAGGCCCAGUCUGCUAUCAAGGGCUUCCUCGUUCGAGCCCGGUUUGAAGAAAAGCGACGAUUCUUCAACGAGAACAUGCAAAAGGUGGUCAAGAUUCAGAGUUUUGUCCGUGCCAAGGUCCAGGGAGAGGCUUACAAGAGUCUUACCACGGGGAAGAACCCCCCGGUCGGCGCUGUCAAGAACUUUGUGCACCUUUUGAACGAUAGCGAUUUCGAUUUCAACGAAGAGAUCGAAUUUGAGCGCAUGCGCAAGACGGUCGUUCAGCAAGUUCGCCAGAACGAAAUGCUGGAGCAAUACAUCGACCAACUUGAUAUCAAGAUCGCGCUACUGGUCAAGAACAAGAUUACUCUCGACGAAGUAGUACGGCACCAACAUAACUUCGGAGGCCACACCAUGGGUCUGCUGGCCAACUCAUCCAUGUCCUCUGGCAACCAAUUUGAUUUGAAGGCGCUCAAUAAGGGUUCAAGAAAGAAGCUUGAGUCGUAUCAGCAGUUGUUCUUCAAUCUCCAAACACAGCCACAAUACCUCGCUCGACUCUUCCGUCAUAUUCGCGAGCAAGGAACGUCCGAGAAGGAGAGCAAGAGGAUAGAGCUGCUCAUCAUGAGUCUUUUCGGAUACGCCCAAAAGCGCCGAGAAGAAUAUUAUCUCCUAAAAUUGGUUUCUAGGUCAAUCAAGGAAGAUAUCGAGGGGUGUAAGACAUUCCAAGAAUAUCUUCGUGGAAACUUUUUCUGGACAAAGCUGCUCGGCAACUACACCCGAUCCCCUCGCGACCGCAAGUAUUUGAGGGAUCUCUUGGGACCUCUGAUUCGGGACAAUAUUGUGGAUGAUCCUGCUCUGGACCUUGAGAGCGACCCAAUGCAGAUUUACCGGUCUGCGAUCAACAACGAAGAGCUUCGAACGGGUAUGCCAGAUCCUCGCCCACUCGAAGUUCCUCGGGAAGUGGCCAUCAGGGACCCAGAGACCCGAAGACUUUUCAUCGAUCAUCUUCGCGACCUCCGAGAGAUUUGCGAUCAGUUCUUCUUGGCAUUGGAGGAUCUCUUGCACAAGAUGCCUUAUGGCCUGCGUUUCCUUGGAAGCCAGAUGUUCCAGUCAUUGAGGCAACAUUUCAAGAGGGAGGCCCCCGAGGUGAUACUGCAGCUUGUCGCCAACUGGGUGUGGAAAUCUUACCUCCAGCCUGCUUUGAUAUACCCCGAAAACGUGGGUGUAAUUGAAAAGGGAUUGAGCCCUCUUCAGAAGAGAAACUUGAGCGAAGUAGGCAAGGUUGUCGGGCAGAUUGCUUCUGGUCGAGUUUUCGGAGGCGAGAACAUCUAUCUCCAACCCCUCAACGCUUUCGUUUCCGAGUCUAUUGAGAGGCUGGCUCAAAUCACGGGAGAGUUGAUUUCCGUCCAGGAUGCCGAGAGCACUUUCGAUAUUGACGAGUUCAACGACCUCUAUGCCAAGAACAAGCCUACCUUGUACAUCAAGAUGACGGAUGUUUUUGCCAUUCACAACCUGGUCGCUGCUGAGCUCAACUACAUGUGCCCGAGCCGUGACGACGUUCUGCGUGAGAUUAUGCACGAUUUGGGCAAUGCUAAGAACAACGAGAGCGAGAUGAAUGCGGUUGGCUCCUCCGAGAUCCACAUGUUCCUGACGCCAAAGCUCCACGACAUUAAUGAUCCGGAGGCCGAGGUGAAGGCGCUGUUUAUGGAGACGAAACGUUGCGUCUUGUAUAUUAUACGAGUACAAACGGGCGCGAACCUCCUGGAGAUCCUGGUGAAGCCGAUCACGGACGAGGACGAAAUCAAGUGGCAGCAGAUCCUCCGAGACGACUUCAUGAACGAUAACAAGACUCGUGGAGCGUACUCGGAUGCCAACAUGGUGGACGUGACGCGAAUGUCGUACCACGAGCUCAAGCGCACAGCGCUGGAGAACGUGAUGCGCUUGGAGAAGUGGGGACGCAUCUCGAAGCACAACUACUACCAGGACGUGCUCAAUGCGAUUGCUGUCGACAUCCGCAGCAAGAGUCGGCGGAGAGUACAGAGACAACGGGAGUUGGAUGGUGUUCGGAUGACCUUGUCUAACUUGCACGACAAGGCUAAGUACCUGGAGCAGCAGAGGAAGAGCUACGACGACUACAUUGAACAGGCGAUGGCGACACUCCAGAACAAGAAGGGCAAGAAGAGAUUCCUCCUGCCGUUCACAAAGCAGUACAACCACCAGCGCGAGCUCGAGCGCAGCGGCCGGGUGCCCAAGUUCGGCAGCUACAAGUACAGCGCCCGAGCCCUCCUGGAGAAGGGCGUCCUCGUCUCAUGGAACGGCAUGGCCGACUGGGAAAAGAUCAACCUGACCAUCUCGUGCGACGAAGUGGGCGUCUUCGCCAUUGAGGGAUCAAAGGGCCACAUCCAGAUCCCGGGAGCGAGUGCGCUUGUGCCGAUCGAGGAUCUGCUGCAGGCCCAGUUCGAAGCCCACCAGUUUAUGAACUUGUUCGAGGGCAACCUCCGACUCAACGUCAACUUGUUGCUGCACCUGCUGUACAAGAAGUUCUACCGAACACAAUAA